UCUUCCUUUCCCGAUUGCCGAUGGAGAAGAGCUCACGCCUUUGUUGAAGUUGUGGAGGGGGAUAGAUGGCGAAGCCAUCGACCGCGCUCUCUAUUCCCUCUCUCUUAUCGUCUACUUCAUCUCCUUCUCCUUCGACGGCGGCCGGGAAGACGGAUCGGUGAACGACGGCCGCUGCCCCACUCUGGCGCCCCCUCCUCCUCCGACGGCGGUGAACUCGCAGAAGCUUCCGCGAGCCGAUCUCUCUCUGUCUCCUUCUGCUCCGACGGCGGCCGGGACGACGGAUCGGUGAACGACGGCCGCUGCCCCACUCUGGCGCCCCCUCCUCCUCCGACGGCAUCCCCACCUCCUCCGACGGCGGUGAACUCGCAGAAGCUUCCGCGAGCCGAUCUCUCUCUGUCUCCUUCUCCUCCGACGGCGGCCGGGACGACGGAUCGGUGAAUAACGACCGGAUAAAAUUCGUUUCAUUCCGAUUGGGCCGGAUUGGAUACCCGACAGGCCUACGGGUUGGAUCUGGCUGCGGGUUUCUCUCGACCGACAGCUUGCUCCGUCUUCUUCUUCCAGGCUCCAAUCUCGAGUCCCCACUCCCCACCGUGGCGGCGUUUCCCCUCGAGCUCCGCGGGCAUCUUCGAGGAUAGCUUGGAGAGAAAUCUCAUUUUUCUGUAACGUUGGAAUUCCAAGUAUUAUAUAUGGGGGAGCAGUCGUUUCUUGACCGGAUGUUGUCCCAUCUCCGAUCGACCAGCAAGUAUUACACUGGAUAUCCAAAAGAUAUUGGACCUUCGCAGGUUAUCCAUUUUACCUCAGAGCGUCAAUUUGUUCAGCUUCUACAUGAAGGCCAUCCUGUGGUUGUUGCAUUUACUAUAAGGUGUCCCUAUACAAAGCAUCUCGAUAGAGUAUUGGAGGAAGCCGCUGCUGAGUUUCAUCCCCAUGUAAAAUUCAUGCGUGUUGAGUGCCCCAAAUAUCCAGGAUUUUGCAUCGCAAGGCAAAGGAAAGAUUAUCCGUUCAUUGAAAUAUUUCACAGUCCGGAGCAGGCAGCUAACCAAGGUAAAGUGGUGGAUCCCAACAUAAAAAAAUACUCAGUCAAAGUGUUGCCUGAGUUUGGUCUCUGAUCUACUGUAUAGCUGGAUAAAGGUUGUUGGAAAAGGAUCAUUCAUGCUUUGUGUAGGGAAAUGUUAUAGGGAACCUGCUUUUCUCAGUUCGGUUAGUAAAUUUCUUUUCUUUCCCCCCUUCCGUUUCCUUGCAGUUUAACUAUGACCUAAGUGCAUACGGGUUUCGUGAAUUUUUCAAGCGGCACGGGAUGCAUGUAUCGGAAACCAACUGAGUCAGCACUUCUCUGUCCACACAAAAAAAGCAGCACUUCUUUGGUUCAUCUUUACUAUUUUCAAGGAGCCCUUGAAUUUUACUUGAAAUUGGAGUUCCUUCACAUGGAAAGGGAAAACCUCUGCUUUGACUAGGGAGUCUCGGGCCCUGAUUAAAGCUCGAACCCUAUCACAGCAUUCAACUUAAUCUGGCGCCCAGCAUUAUGGAGUUCAAGCAUUAGCCAUUGCUGCCAGCCGGAACUGCAUCAUAACAUUUAAUGAAUGAGAUAAGUGUGUUAAGAACACAGCAUUAAUCCUUCAUUAUCAGAGUUUUGCUGUAACAAUACAACUCUUGUAGCUGUCAAGUGUGAGGAGAAUAUGCAGAAUGGAAUGUCUUGAAUAUUAUUACAUAAUGUGACAGAUUGUAGUCUACAAGGACCCCCAGGACCAUGCACUAUAUCACCCAAUC